UAACGACAGAUGUCUCACAAACCGUGGGUUUAACAGGAGGGGUGGAAAGAGAAAAAACGCCCAGUCGCAGAUUGGACCUCAGGGAGAGAGUAGGACUGGCUCGAACUGAAUCACAUUCACUACCUACAGGAGAAAGGAAAGUACCUUCCACGCGCUCUUACGCACGGAUUUCCACAGAAGCAGAACAUCAUGGGAGGCAAACUAAGCAAACGGAAGAAGGGAUACGAUGUCAGUGACCCUAAAGAGAAGAAAGAGGAGAGUGCUGUGGCAGCAGUUGAACCAGCUGAGAAAAAGGCAGAGACCCCUGUGACUGAGUCGGAGGCUGCACCGCAGGAGGCUGAUGCGGUAAGUGCAGCAGCGCAAGUGGUGGAGUCUGAAGCUCCAGCUGAGAAGCCCACCUCUCCUUCAGCAGCACAGCCAGAGGUGAAGAAGGAUGAUGCUGUGCCAGAAAAACCAGUGACUACACCAGAGGCAUCUGCUGUAUCUAAGGAACCAGAAAGUGCUCCAGAGAAACCAGCAGAUGUACCAGAGUCACAAGCAGAAGAGGCACCAGCAACUGCAUCAGAGGCAACAGCAGUAGAGGCACCCGCUGCUACACAAGAGGCACCAGCAGCAGAAGUACCAUCAGCUGUAGUAGAAACACUAGCAGCAGCACCAGAGGUAUCUGCACCCAAGGAACCUGCAGAUGUACCAGAAGCAUCAUCAGCAGAGGACCCUUUAGCUGCACCUGAGGAGCCAGUGACAAAAGAACCUGCAGCUGCACCUGAGGAACCAGUGACAAAAGAACCUGCAGCUGCACCUGAGGAACCAGUGACAAAAGAACCUGCAGCUGCACUUGAGACACCAGUGACAAAGGAACCUGAAGCUGCACCUCAGGAACCAGUGAUAAAGGAACCUGAAACUGCACCAGCAGCAGAGGAACCUGAAGCUGCACCAGAUGCACCAGUGACAGAGAAACCUACGGCUGCAACAGAAGGACCAGCCACUGCAUCAGAGACACCAGUAACGGAGGAACCAGUAACACUAUCUGAGAAACCAGCAGCUGUACCUGAGGAGAAUGCAACUGCCCCAGAGGCUGAGGAUUCUACAGCUGCACUCGACGAACCUGCACCUGAGCUAGAAGAGCCUGUAUCGUCGCCUAAAAUUGAAGCCUUACCAGUGGAGCCGGUCACAGAGGAGGUGGUAGAGAAAGUGGUUGAGGAGGUUGCAAAUACCAGUCAGUUGUCCACUGAAAUUACAAAAACCACUGAUGUCACACUAGAAUCAGAGACUGUUACUGAGGCAGCAGCUCCGGAGGCAGUCACAAAGUCUGCCCCGGUGCCUGAACCUGUUUCCGAAGCAUUGAGUGCAGCAGAGGUCGAGAUGGUUGUGCCUUCUCCAGAGGAACCCACACCCAUCACAGAGCCUGAAUCUGAAACUGCUGCACCCCCUGAGGUUACACUAACAGAAGCAAAUCCCGAGCCAUCCCCAGAGCCAACACAACCCGAACCUGUGGCAGAACAAAAGAGUGCGGAGGAGUCCAUUCCUGCAAUCGUCAUCUUAGAAUCAACCUCAACCAACGAGCUCUGCCUUGAGGAACCUGCCUCGACUGUCACAGAUCUGAAGCUGAAUAAUGGAGACUGUGAGAGCGCUGGCUCGGCAGAGGAAUCUGUGUCGGCUCCCCCUGAGGUAAAUGGGGAAUGCCAUGAGCAGGCACCAGACGUAGCCCCUGCAGAUGUCCUUGAGUCCCCGGUUGAGGCAUGUGUAAAUGGUGUGAAGGACAAAGAAGCCCCCCAAGAGCUAAGUGACUGUGAACUGAAAAAGGACUUGAGUUUGGCUGCCGACUUUCAGGCUCCAACUCCGAUUGGCGACAUGGUAGAAGUGCCACAGUGAGUCGGCUGAGCUGUAGACUUAAUCUGAGAAACAAACCUUAAAUGUGAAUCCCAUAUUGAUAAAAGCAAACAAAUGAAACAAUCGUCUGGCAACACAGGCUUUCUGAAAAUAAAUGUGAAAAAUGCCUGUUGUGUUCUCUCAGGCAAAGGAAUUUCUGGUAAACCAAAAAGAAAUAGAACCACCCAAGAGCUAAGUGUGCGAUAAACAAAUAAUGAAACAGUGAGGGUAAAAGCCUAAAAGGAAAAGGGAGGGAAUGAAUAAGAGAGUGAGAGAGAAGGAGAGUGGAUGGUCUUUGAAGUCUUUGUGUCCGAUGUCCUGCUGUCAUUGCAGAGAGUGAGCUUACAGGCCUGGCUGAAUAUGAAGCCAGAGAAAUGAUGAUUAGACAUGAGCAGAAUUUUUAAUUAUUGAGAUGGCAGAACAGAAAUGCUGGACAGUAACAAUAGUAAAAAUGAAUCGAAUGAACAGAAUCAUCUUUUGUGUGCAAGGCUUAUCCAUACUGAAAUGGUUUAUUGGAUUAACAUUUAAUAGUAUAUAAUCUAAUUUAGACCACAUUUCUGUCACCAUGUAAUACAGAGAUUUGAGGAUGAAGCAUUUUGAACUUUUCAUGUUGGGAGAAUCAAUGGUGAAUGUGCAUUUUAACUUAAUGGCUUGGCUUAGAAAAUAAAACACUCUGUUAUACCUUAAAAA